AUGCGUUUCUCCGCUGCCUCCGUCAUUGCCUUCGCCGCCCUGGCUGCUGCCCAGGACCCCGUUCCCACCGUCACCACCCCCACGCUCCCCAGCGUUCCUGGUGCGUCUGACGCCAGCUCCAUCAUCGCCAGCGUAUCCAGCCGCGUCCAGUCCGAGAUCGACUCUCUGUCCUCCGCCGCUACCUCCGCCGGCGGCCAGGUUUCUUCCGCCCUUGAGUCCAUCAGCGCCGACGCUUCUUCCCGCAUCGGAUCUUUGAGCUCUGCUUACGAGACUGCCACCGACGCCACCGCUUCUGCCUCCAUUUCCUCCGCCAUCCAGUCUGUUAGCGACGCUGCCAGCUCCGCUGUCGAGAGCGCCACCCAGACCGGUGAGGCCCAGAGCACCACUGCCCCCGGUGCCGCCCCCGCCCAGACCGCUGCCGUCGCCAUGGGCGCUCUCUUCGGUGGUGCUGCCGUCCUCGCCAACCUGUAA